UGCAUGCGAUCUGGAUUUUCUCUUCAUUCUCACCAAGGUACGUGAUGGCCACGUUCUGAUUUGAAUUCUCCUUUUUCUGAAUUCCAAUCUCACGCCAUUUUCAUCUUCGACUCAUCACUCAGUUCUCCAUCUCCAUCACCAAUUUCUCCCAAACAAACACCAUUCUCGCCAUUCUGAAUUCCGAUUCAUCAAAUUAACCUCUCCAUUUGCAUUUGAGAUAUUUGAUCCACGCACCAACGCCAAUCUCGAAUGUGUAAAUCCGAAAUUGUAAAAUCUUCAAACUCGAUGAUCGUUUUCCGUGGGAGAUAGAUCUUGGAGUUCGAAUAGAGCAGAAAUUAGGAUUUCGCAUUCGCUAGGAGAUAGAUCUCGGAGUUUGAAUAAGUAACGCUAUGUUUUCCCUCGCGAUUACAACAUCGGUGAUGGCGUCGUCGGGGCCAGAGUGGAAACUCGCGCGUUGGUGAAAGAACUCUCUACUCCGAUGGGCAACAACUGCGUGGGACCGAACGUCGGUAACGGCUUCCUCCAGUCCGUUUCGGCGGCGGUGUGGAAGACGCGCCCGCCGGAGUCCCGCCUUCCGCCUCCUUCCGCCGAGACCAAAACCUCGACUCCGGUACCGGACGCCCAGAAAGCCUCGGAACCCGCCCCUUCAAAACCAGCGGAUCCUCCGAGCCGAGUGCAGAACACGCCGCCCGAGCCGGUCAAAAUGCCCCAGCCGCUGGACCACGAGAAGCCGGCGUCGAGCCACACCGAGUCGAAUCCCGGCGACAAGGCUAAGAAACCCACGCACGUGAAACGGGUGUCCAGUAUGGGAUUACAAGUCGAGUCCGUGCUGGGUCGAAAAACAGAGAACAUGAAGGAGUUCUUCAGCUUGGGGAGGAAGCUGGGGCAGGGGCAAUUCGGGACGACGUUUCUGUGCGUGCAAAAGGGGACGAACAAGGACUUCGCGUGCAAGUCCAUCGCGAAGCGGAAGUUGACGACGCAAGAGGAUGUGGAGGAUGUGAGGAGGGAGAUUCAGAUCAUGCACCACUUGGCGGGGCACCCCAACGUGGUUCAGAUCGUUGGGGCAUACGAGGACGCCGUUGCGGUGCACCUCGUGAUGGAGCUCUGCGCUGGAGGAGAGCUCUUUGACAGGAUCAUACAGAGGGGGCAUUACACCGAGAAGAAGGCCGCAGAACUUGCUAGGUUGAUUGUUAGUGUGGUGGAGGCUUGUCACUCUCUUGGGGUCAUGCACAGGGAUUUGAAGCCCGAGAAUUUUUUGUUCAUGAAUCAGCAGGAAGAGUCUCCCCUUAAGACCAUUGAUUUUGGACUCUCCGUGUUCUUUAGACCAGGUGAAACAUUCACUGAUGUGGUUGGGAGCCCGUACUAUGUGGCCCCUGAAGUUUUGCGGAAGAACUAUGGUCCAGAAUGUGAUGUUUGGAGUGCUGGGGUGAUCAUCUAUAUUUUACUCAGUGGAGUUCCCCCAUUUUGGGAUGAAACGGAACAGGGAAUAUUUGAGCAAGUUUUGAAAGGAGAGCUUGACUUUGUUUCUGAACCCUGGCCAAGCAUAUCUGAAAGCGCAAAGGAUCUUGUUCGAAGGAUGCUUGUAAGGGACCCUAAAAAGCGGCUGACAGCACAUGAAGUUCUUUGCCAUCCAUGGGUGCAAGUCGGAGGCGUUGCUCCUGAUAAGCCACUUGACUCUGCUGUCUUGAGUCGUUUGAAGCAGUUCUCUGCAAUGAAUAAGCUAAAAAAAAUAGCCAUUCGAGUAAUUGCUGAAAGUUUUUCUGAGGAAGAAAUUGCAGGACUGAAAGAAAUGUUCAGGAUGAUAGACACAGAUAAUAGCGGACAGAUCACUCUUGAGGAACUGAAAAAUGGUUUGGAGAGAGUGGGUUCUGUUCUUAAGGAUUCUGAAAUUGCUUGGUUAAUGCAAGCGGUAAGUGCUUGCCUGCAAUCCAAAUUGGCCGCUCAAUGUGCUACUGUUUCGUGUACUAAAGGACCUGUGACUGUUUAUAUAAUGCAGGCAGACGUUGAUAACAGUGGUACCAUAGACUACGGUGAAUUCAUAGCAGCUAUGGUACACCUAAACAAGAUCCAGAAGGAAGAUCAUCUAUAUGCAGCAUUCACAUACUUUGACAAAGAUGGGAGUGGAUACAUUACACCGGAUGAGCUCCAACAAGCCUGCGAACAGUUUGGCUUGCAGGAUUAUCACCUGGAUGAGAUAAUACGUGAAAUUGACCAGGAUAAUGAUGGACGCAUUGAUUACAGUGAGUUUGUUGCCAUGAUGCAAGACACUGGAUUUGGCAAAAAGGGAUUUUAGACAUCAUGAGUAAAACUAUGGACCCCUUCAAGCAUUUUGUGAUCUAUUGAUCUUGCAACAUGAGAACUUGAUAAACAAUCUCACUCUCACAGCUAGCAUAAUCUCUUGCAGACGCCAGGUUAUGUAAGUACAUGCAUGCACUUAGAAAAAAUGUUUGAGCUUCAAGGAGAGGAAGCUUGAAUGGCAUGAUAAGCAGUGUUUAUGUAUUUACAAAUCAUUUUUUUGCUGAACAUAUAACCUAAAGCAACAGAUCACAGUUUUUCCCGUUGAAUCUGUAACCCUUUUGUGGGGGUAAAUGGAUGGUAGAACGAUUUUUCAGCAUGUGAUCUAAUGAUGUUAGAAUGCCGGUUCGCACUCUACAUCAAAUUGGUGACAAAUUUCCGAAAGCAAUGUUGAAGGGCAUGCAUUUACGAGAGAUAUGAAUGUUCUUCCAGCUGUGAAGCUCUUGAGUCUUUAAAGCCAUGCCAUCUUUCAGUCACUCUCAAACCAU